AUGGAUUCCCAGAAUAAAACAACAGUGACUGAGUUCAUCAUCGUGGGGUUUCCAACCUUGUACAGAUAUGGUCCAAUCUUCUUCACUUGCCUCCUACUUCUCUACCUUCUUACCAUUUCAGGAAAUGUUCUAAUAGUUAUAAUCGUGAGACUGAAUGCAAAGCUCCACACGCCUAUGUAUAUAUUUAUCAGCGUUCUGUCCUUUUUAGAGCUUUGGUACACAGCCGUCACAAUUCCAAAAAUGCUCAUUAACCUUCUUGUGCCAAGAAAAGGCAUCUCCUUUGACAACUGUCUCUUGCAGACUUAUUUCUUCCAUGCCUUAGGAGCAAGUGAGUGUUACCUACUUACUGCCAUGGCAUAUGAUCGUUACAAAGCAAUCUGCCACCCUCUGCGAUACAACUCAAUCAUGACAAGGAAAGUGACACUACAUCUUGUUGCCAUCUGUUUUGUUUGUGGCUUUUUUUGCCCCAUUACAGAAGUGAUCUUAAUAUCCAAACUACCUUUUUGUAACAGUAACGAAAUUAAUCACAUUUUCUGCGACUUCCCACCUCUUCUAAGUUUGGCUUGUACCGACACUUCAAUUAAUGUCCUUGUUGACUUUGCAAUCAAUAGUUUUAUUAUUUUGUUGACCUUCCUCUUUAUUAUGACCUCCUAUAUUUAUAUUAUCAUUACAAUAUCGAAGAUAAGCACCUUUAAGGGACGCGUAAAGGCCUUCUCCACUUGUGUGUCUCAUUUGAGCGUAGUACUGGUGUUUUUUACGUGUAUUGUAUUUAUGUAUGUAAGACUCACCAAGAGUUAUUCUUUGUAUUACGAUCGUGUUUUUGCUGUUGUUUAUUCUGUACUCACGCCUAUAUUCAACCCAAUUGUUUACAGUUUAAGGAACAAAGAUAUCAGGGUGGCUUUGAAACGCACACUUUGUAAGAGAACAUCUUACAAUAAUCAAUGA